GGGGCAGAUUCCCGGGUCCCCAAGCCAGGUUCCCAGGGUAUCAGCCUGAGAACCGAGUCUGGGGCGCGACUCUCGGUGUUGGGGUGUGCCCUUCUCUCCCCGGUUUCCCUUCUCCUUCUCAGGGGUCUUCUGCCUGGAUACUCCUGACGUUCUGCUGAGAUUCUGGUUUGUAUGUCCCAACACCGCACCAGCCAAUCGGCGUCACUGUGGUUUAGAGUAUGAAGUCCUCACGUAGUACCUGAGUUCUUUCUCCCCAGACGCUCAAGGUCUGGGUGAUGGAGUCCCUACUUCUGCUCCUGCUGCUUUUGGGGGUCCUGGCCCUGACGGAGACCUGGGCAGGCCCACACAACAUGAGAAUUUUCGGUACCUUCAUGUCUGGACUCGGGAAGUCCCAGUACAUCAUUGUCGGCUAUGUGGACGACACGGAGGUCCUGCAAUUCGACAGCAAUGCCUGGAACCCGAGGGCGCAGUCGCAGAUGCCAUGGGCAGAGCAGGAGGGUCCAGAGUUUUGGGAGGAGCUGACGCGGAUCUGCAAGCACUGCACACAGUCUUCCCGAGCAAAGCUGAACAACCUGCGCGAGUACUACAACCAGAGCGAGGAAGGAUCUCACACCUAUCAGGUUACUUAUGGUUGUGUCGUGGGCUCGGACCAGCGCUUCCUCAGCGGGUACUGUCACUCCGCCUAUGAUGGCAACGAAAUCUUCGCCCUAAAAUUGGACCUGAGUUCCACGACUGAAGACAACAAGACCGUCCAGAUUACCGUUCGGCGCGAUUUGUUGCAUCAAGAUGAUGUGGAGGGUUGGAGGGCCUAUGUGGAGAACACGUGUGUGCACCGGAUCCACCUGCUCCUGGAGAAAGGGAAGGAGACACUGCUCGGAGCAGACCCUCCAAAGGCACACAUGACCCACCACCCCAUCUCUGACCAUGAGGUGACCCUGAAGUGCUGGGCCCUGGGCUUCUAUCCUGCGGACAUAACCCUGACCUGGCAGCGUGAUGGGGAGGACCUGACCCAGGACAUGGAGCUGGUGGAGACCAGGCCUGCAGGGGAUGGAACCUUCCAGAAGUGGGCAGCUGUGGUCGUGCCCCCUGGAGAGGAGCAGAGAUACACGUGCCAUGUGCAGCACCAGGGGCUGCCUGAGCCCCUGACCCUGAGAUGGGAUCCCCCUCCUCAGACCACCAUCAGCAUUGUGGGCAUCACUGCUACCCUGGGUCUCCUUGGAGCUGUGGCCGCUGGAGCUGUGCUGUGGAGGAGGAAGAGCUCAGGCAGAGACAGGAAGAGCUACACUCAGACUGCCUGCAGCGAGAGUUCCCAGGGCUCUGACCUGUCUCUCACAGCUCCUAAGGGGUGACAGAGCUGCUUUCUCCAGGAGUUGGUGCUAAAAUAGUCACUUCAGGCUCUUCUUGGGACUUUAAGGGUCCCUGUCUGCUGUUUCUGCGCCCAGCAUCAGAACCUUAUUUAAUCAUCUCAAUGUCCCUGCAUUAUUUUAAUAUUAGUGAUAUAUCUAUAUC